AUGGCGUCGUCCGGUCAGCGGGAGGCUGUAUUUCCGACGCGUAUGACGCUUGGAACUACAAAGACUCGCUUGAAGGGAGCACAGAAUGGCCACUCACUCUUGAAGCGUAAGGCAGAUGCCAUUUCUAAGCGUUUCCGCAUGAUCACUGGUAAGAUUCAAGAUGCCAAGAAACAAAUGGGUACUGUACUACAGCACGCUGCAUUCAGUAUGGUUGAGGUAGGCUAUUCAACAGGUGAUAUUGGGUAUGCUGUGCGCGAAAAUGUGAAGAGAGCGACAUUCAAGGUGCGAUCACGCCAAGAAAACAUAAGCGGUGUGAUGCUGCCGUCUUUUGCAGUUCAGUCUUCUGAUGGCUCCGUCAGUUCGGAUCACUCAAAAGCUAGUGGCGGGAAGGAGAGCUCGGGUCCAAGUGAGUUUAGCCUCACAGGUCUCUCACGUGGCGGUCUGCAAGUCCACAAGGCGCGCGAUACCUAUGCAAAGGCUUUGCGCGUAUUGGUGGACUUGGCGAGCUUGCAAACGGCGUUCGUCAUUCUCGACGAGGUCAUACGUCUUACAAAUCGGCGGGUAAAUGCCAUUGAGCAUGUAAUUAUACCGCGCCUUGAGAAUACCAUUGCCUACAUUGUAUCUGAACUCGACGAAAUGGAUCGUGAAGAGUUCUUCCGCCUCAAGAAAGUCCAAGGCAAAAAGAAGCGCGUUGCCGAAGAAGCGGCUGCGAAGGCCGCUGCCGAAAAAGUUUCUAUCACAACGACAGAGGCAACUGACUCGGAUCAUAAGGAUAUGCUCAAUGCGGAUAAGGACACGGAUGUGAUUUUUUAG